CUUAUUUUAUUGACAGUAGCGGAUCAGAAUUCGUAGAGUAAACAUACAAAAAGAAACGCAAGAAUAAACAAAAAGCCCUUUCGAAAGCCAUUUAAAAAGCAAAUAAUUUUUUUGUGAAUACUUUUUUAAAUUCGACCGAAAAACAAAACGGAUAAUAAACCAAUAAAUAUAUUCUGAUACACAAAUACACCCACCAACCGAGUUAUUAAAUCAAACAAAACCAUAAGGAUUACAGUGAAAAAGACUCUAUAAACACAAGAGAAUCUAAUGAGAAAAAUAAACAAAUAACCACGUAAAUAAUUGAACGAAUAUUGAUUGCCAAGUGCAAAUAUUAAACGACAACGAUCAACCACAAAAAUAAGUGCUAAUAAUUUGUGCCAUAGUUUGACAUUUUGCGCCCAUACAAACAAGUUUAAAAAUUCAAUUUCAACCUAAUUGAGUCUUCAUAUUAACAAUCGCAACAAGAUGUUUGCUGUAAAUGGAAAGUUUUUCUUGGCCUUUGCCAUGCUUAUGCUGUCGUUGAAAUUGUCGUGGGCUCAGAUGUUUGGCGAUAGUGAGGUACCUGCGGUUUUGAGCUACAACUCGCCCCUUCGCCAGCCCGAUAGCCUGAGAUCUCGUCCCUAUUUCGAUUUCCUCAGCACUUUGUAUAGACACGAUACCGAAAAGUCCAGUCUCUUCCAACCCUACCUAAAUCGUUCGAAACGCGAAGCUGUUGCUGCACCACCAGCUCCAGCCGUCCCCAGCGAUCGCAGCCGUAGAGCCAUAGUUUUCCGCCCUCUGUUCGUCUACAAGCAGCAGGAGAUCAGAAAGCAACAAUUGCGGGAAGAACGUAACCGUCGUCGUGUUUAAGCCAUCUAGCUAGUCAGUAAAUUUUGUUUCCAAGAACUAAUUCAUAAGAGCUUCUCAGAUUUAAACAGCAUCAACAUGUGUGACUAUAGUAGUCAAAAUUUAAAGAAAAAAAUAACGACAAAAUGUAUUUCGGCGUUGCCUUUUUGUGGCCUAUCUGGAGAGUACUGAAAGUGUCCUGACAUGACAUGCCAUUAUGAGGAAUACAUUUAAAUCGCAUAUGCUCCAGCAUUUAUUUUUAAUUUUUUUUUUCGUUAUAAAAUGCCAUGCUAAGAUCCACUGAUUAGUUCCGAAUUUUGUAAAAAAAAAACGAUUAUUUUAUUAUACGCACUUGUCCUCUCACUUUCAUUAUCGUUACGAAACAAGCACCAUUUUUUAUUUAAUUUUACACAAAAUGAAUACCUUGAAUUUUAGUUAUAAGAAAAAUUAUUUCCCUCUUUUUUGUUUUUACGAAAUUUUUAUUGUUGUUUUUUAUAAAACUAUUUUUAAUAAAAAAAAAUCAAAAGUGUUAAAAA